GGGCAAGCGGGCAGGGAAGAGGAUAGUUUGAAAGAAGUACCAAUAUAUAGUUGUACUCGAUUGCUUCUUCCGCAAGAAAAGAACACAAUACACGAUGUACGGUCCAGAUGUAAAUUAAAGCUCCACAUCAAGAACCGCACUGUUAGUCGUAGAAGACGUGGGCAUGUAAGAAGUACAGGAGUAGCAGUUCUGCAUUUUGUUCCAUUCAAAAAUAGCUCAACUCGCUCAUGGCGUCUCACUUUACCUCAUCCAAUUCAAAUUCACUUCCAAAUGCGAAUGCAAAUGCAAGCGUGGCCUCGACUUCCUCGUCUUCUUCGGUUGUGGUUAUCGAAUGGCAAUGGCGUACACAUGAUCUGCUCUGGCGUUCUUUUGACAAUGACUUCACUUGUGAAGUAGAAGCCGCGAGCAAAUCGGGCAUGACCCCCGUUCAAAUAGGCGCUGACCUCUUUUACCAUUUCCAGCCUCAAACCCUUAAACAGGUCAAUCUUACAACUCAGAGAGAGCGGUCAGUAAGGAGACAUUCUGGGAGUCAAACUAAUAUUUGGGAAUGGUGGGAUGCAGAGAGAAAGCUGUGGCACACAUAUGAUAAUCAACUUACAUCUAAAUUUGAGACAGCAUGGCUUGAUUCUAUACAUAGCCGGACGAGUAACCAACCAGAUGGCUCUGCUGGCAUAUUCUUUGAACUAAGUGGUCGACAUUAUUGUAUGUUGUUUGAAGCAGAUGCAAUAGAAUACAACAUACGGACCAAAAUAUAUAGGAUUGUUCGUAGGCGAACGUAUCUUCUAAAUCAUCCAGGAUUUGUUGCAUCCACAGCAAUGGGAGGAUGCAAUUCUUGUUCUGCAAGUACAGUUUCACAGAUACAGGUAGCAAAGGAGGAAUCAAAACUGUUGAAGAGUUCAGACUCUGAAUAUACGUACUUGAUUGACUGCCCUAAUCCGAAGGAUGGGGAAAAUUGUUCAAUCUGUCUUAGCAGUUUACAAGAUGAAGAAGCUGUUGAACUGGAUAAAUGUCAUCAUAUUUUCCACAGAGAAUGCUUAAUAACAUGGUUAAAAGGUCGACCAACUUGUCCAGCAUGUUUGACAGUCUAUGGUGUGAUCACGGGGACCCAGCCUCCAGGAAAGAUGUCCAUCCGAUACAUUCCCAUCACAAGUAAAGAAGCUGGAAGUGGCCUUGACGGCUACCCAAACACUGAUAUUAUUGAAAUCACUUACAUGUUUCGAGAUGGAAUUCAGACUGCAGAGCACCCAUCUCCUGGAAAUCCAUACAGUGGUACAAGACGGAUUGCUUACUUGCCUAGGAACAAAGAAGGGGAGGAAAUUCUUGAACUUUUGAAGAUUGCUUGGGACCGCCGUCUACUCUUUAAAGUGGGAACAUCUGUGACAACUGGGAGGAGCAAUACUGUUGUGUGGGCAGGUAUUCACCAUAAAACACAGAAAAGAGGAGGAUCCACUAACUGGGGCUAUCCGGACGAAAGGUAUUUUGAUAGAGUGAAGGCAGAACUAGCAAAUUUUAAUGUUAAAAGUGAUCUGCUAGAUUAAUUACUACAAAAGCAUAAAUAUCACAAAACGUCUGCUAUUUGAAGUGGCAACUUCUUGAUUGGCCUGUGAUACAAGAAUGAUCGACAAUGGCUGUACUGUAUACACUUUAUUAAUAGAGUUACAAUUUAUUUACAUUGUUGGGCAAGAAUGAGCCAGAGUUAGAGCCGUUGACUAUCCUAGAGUAAAGUAAAAUAUAUACCAUCAUUUUUGUUGAAUAGUUACAAUACUACAACUAUAGAUACGGUGGACUGAAAAGGGCUGGGGUUACUAAAUACAGUUCACUGCGUAGAAUUGUACUGCAGUUUGGGUGCCUUCGUAUCUGAGGAGACACUCUUACAUAAUUAUCUAUGUCGAGUUUCCUUCUAAUACUAUUACCAACUAAGCUUACAUUCAGUACAUUCAGUACAUUCAAAUGUUCAUCAAAUUACCUUA